AUGGCGGAGCAGCUGGGCGAUCUACUAUAUGCGGGCGGUUGUCCGGACCCAUACGUUAUACACCACCCGGUGAAUUUUUUGAGACUCCGACGAGCUUCGCCCAUGGACCUGUACUCCUGGGGUUGCAGAAUAGAAGCACAGUUGAAAUCUGCUCAUUUGCGCCCUUUUCCUGCCCCGUUUCGGGAGCGAGAGACAUUAUAUCGGAUGGAGGUGACUUUGCGUAGGAUCAUAAGCGUCCUUGAAGGGAUAGACAGGCCUCUCUUCCAACAGAUGCAUCUGGUGGUAAACCGCAUGCCGGUCUUUAAUUGGGGUGUCCCGGCAUUGGAUUUCGCCACCAUCGAGGACGGUUAUGGCGGUGGAGAUUCACUCGUUCUGGGAUACCCCGGUCUUCCUGGGCAUCGUGGCAGGCGCAACCCUGAUCCCGAGUUUGAUAGCGAUGACGAGAGAAAGAAGGGGAAAGGUAAAUUCAUCAAAUAUAAUGAGGAAGAUUAUGGGGAGUCUAAGAAAAGCAAAGCGGGGUUCAAAACGUACGAUGCAGACGCGUACGGAGAUCCGAUAAAGGGCGAAGGAUACGUGGAGUACGAAUCCCGCGGGGAUAAGUAUGGGAAGAAAAGGGGCUCUUCUUCUAAGCACGAAAGACGACACGGCUCAUCCAGAAGCCCUUCUCCUCGGAGAAAGAGCUCCGGUAGACGCGGGGGAUCGCCGCCUAGGAGCGGGUCUCCGCACAGACGAAGUACACGAUCUCCAGGGCGCGACUAUAAGGGUAAGGGGAAGGCCAGGCAUACUCCAUCACCGUCACCUACACGUAUCCCCGAGAAACAAGAGAGCCGGGCAAAGGACCGCGGAAAGGACUCCCACUCGACCACAUUCGCGCCCACCAGCAAAUACUCCAAAGGCAAGGCCUCGCGUGCCACCACUCCUCCCGCACCACCUCCUUCAUCCACCAAAUUCAAUCCGUACGAGGCCCUCGGCGUACCGCGCGACGCCAACGAGGGUAAGCUCAAAGCCACGCGAGACUUCCUCCUAAGGAAGUAUCACCCUGACAAGCAGGCUGGCCAGUCUCAGGAGCAAAAGGACCUAGCCGCGACCAGAACCGCUGACAUCAACCGAGCUUGGGAUAUCAUUGGUGAUCCCAAGCGGAGGGCCAUUUACGACAAGUAUGGAUAUACGGAGGCUUAUGAGAUUGACGAGAAGCUCAAGGGGCAGGAGCAGAAGGAGUGGGCGAUUGUCAAGCCGAAGCGGGAUGGCGAGACGGAGGAUAGAAGGGACAAGGGCAAGGAGAAGGAGAAGAGUGGAGAGGACGGCAAGGAUGGAGGGAAAUCGAGGUGGCGCAAGUGGAAAAAGUGA